AUGGCGGAUCUUGAUUUGCUCACGCUCUUGCUCAACCAACCAGACAUCAAGCUAAACGGCCGGAACGACGACGGGUUCACAGCUCUGCAUGAAGCCACAACCCGCGGGUACCUGUCCGUUGCCAAGCUGCUCCUCGCUGCGCCAGAGGUGGAUGCAAAUGUGGGAGAUACAUGUGGGCGGACCGCACUCUGGUGGGCGACGAAGCGCUCUGACGAGAUUCUGACAAAGCGGCUGCUAUGCGAAGACGACCUCGAUCUUAAUGUUGUAGGCCGGGAUGGAUCAACAUCCCUCCAUCAUGCGAUCCAGUACCGGAACCGAACCAUAGCACGGCUACUUCUCUGCGAGGAGAGACUGGAUAUCAAUGUACCGGGCAUGACCGGUUGGACUCCACUUGUGUGGGCCGUGCAUCAAGCAGACAUUAACAUGGCCAGACUGUUGCUUGCGAGAGACGAUCUGCAGCUGGAUCCAAUCUGCGCGGGAAACGCAUCGGCACUGGGCCUGGCAGCGGGACGAGGCCACACCAAGAUUGUGAACUUAUUCCUCGAGCACCGGGAUCGCUUGGACAUUAAUCUCCCAACCCUGGCAGGCGAGACCCCACUAUGCCGGGCCGCGGCAGCCGGGCAUCAUGAUGUGGUCGAUCUCCUCCUUCAAGAUCCUCAGCUGGAUGUCAACCGGGCGGACCUCAUUGGACGCAGUCCGCUGUGCUGGGCGGUGUAUGCGGGACAGUUCAACGUUGUGAGACGUUUGCUUCAGGACAGAAGAGUCGUGAUUGAAGGGGAUUACUUCCGGCGACCAGCACUGGCGGCCGCUCAUGAGAUGGGACAUGCAGAAAUUGCUGAUCUUCUUAAAGCAUAUAGACUCGGAUGA